AUGACACUGAUCGGGCCCGGCGCCCCAGGAAUGGCAUUUAUGAUGAAGAAGAAAAAGUACAAGUUCUCGGUGGAGCUCCACCUGGAGGAGCUGGUCGAGGUUCCGUUCCUGAAUGCGGUGCUGUUUGCAAAGAUUCGCCUGCUGGACGGUGGUUCCUUUCAGGAGCACAGCAGUAGAGAGGAAGUAAAAAACCAUACCGUCAAGUGGGGCCAGAAGUUCGAGUUUCCCUGCAAGAUGACCUCGAACGCGUCGACCGGCGUGCUGGACCCGUGCACCGUGCGGAUAUCGGUGCGCAAGGAGAUCAAGGGUGGCAGGAGUUACCAGAAACUAGGAUUCACAGAUCUUAACCUGGCCGAGUUUGCCGGUUCGGGUCUAACGUCUAGGAAGUGCUUGCUCGAGGGCUACGAUACCCGGCACCGGCAAGACAACUCGAUGCUGAACGUGUCGCUGCGUAUGCACAUGAUCCAGGGUGAUAUUUUGUUCAAAGUUCCUUCUCCAAGUCCAAAGUCGAAGACGGCCCUUCCACAGGACAAUCUAACGCUCGGGCUGCAACCGGCCGACCCGACGAUGCCCGGCGGCCCGGCUGGCGCUGGCCCCGUCGUUACGCCCGUCGUAACGCGCGUUUCCACCAAAGAUGAGGCAACCGUGGUGGUGUCCGCGGUGUCCACGUUCGACUCGUUGCCGAAGAAAAAACCUGCGCAAAUUCUACCGACGACGAUAGAACACCAAAUUUCGACGGAGAUGGACCCACUGUCGUUCAUUAUUACCGAUUCCGGUAUCUCUGAAUCUUCCGAACCGCCAUCGUCGCUGCUGGACUACCAGUCGAACCUGCCCAUCGUGGCCACGCUUCCCGCGGCGUCCAGUGUACCGCCGCAAGUGGGGAUCGGUGGCGCUCCAGGGUGUGCAGGGCAGCAGGUGGUGGUGGGCUCCGGAACGGCUGCGGUCGCCAGUAGCGGUGGAGCAAUCGAAAUGGGUCAUUCCCGUAACUCGAGCAAUACUAGUCAAAUGUCCAAAGGUUCCGGUUACAGCAGUUUCUCCCACAGUCAGCACUCGCGGCAAAGCUCCGAGGGAGACUCGGGUCAUCAGAGGUAAGUAGUGCAGUUCAGAACUGUCCCCGCCCGUUUUGUUGAUGGCCUUCCCCACCGUGUGUACAAACCGAUCGUUUCGGUGUCCUCAUCGGCGUCGUCACCGUCACCGUCGCAGUCCCUAGUGAACGGUAGCGGCAGUCGUGGCUACGUGAACGCUAAUAAGAAACUUUUUGCCAGUGGCGGCAGCAGCGGUGGCGUCGGCGCUCUGCGGAUGACCCCCACGCGGACGGUGACCGCCAACAAGCUGCUGAUGAAGCUGCGCCUCCCGCAAACGCCCACCUCGGACUCGGACGGCGAGCUGUACUCGACGCCGGACAUGACGGUGCUGUCGGACGGGGGCAGCGAGGAUCGGACCGAGUCCGGCCUCGAGGAGUUUGGCACGCCGACGGCGGAGAUACCGCUCGCGAAGCUGGUCAAAAUCAAGAGCAUGAACAAUCUGGCCAUCCCGAAGGGUAGAAUGUAUCCGGACGACGAUGAUGGCGACGACGUCCAACGGGAUGCCGCUGGGUACGGGGCCACGGAUGACCUGAGCGUGCUGUCCGGUGGCAGUCCGGCGCUCGCACUGAACCUGAGCCGCAUGAAAUCGCUCGGCAAUCUGUCGGCGUACGAGCGCGACUUCGGCGACACGCCGGUCGACCUGCUGAAGCUGAAGAAGGACUUCGAGACGCGACGGUUCAGCUUCGCGAAGAUGAAGUCGCUGACCGACCUGACGAUCGAUGACGAAUCGGACGAUGUGCUGGUGCGCCGGCGGCGGCAGGUCGAGGUGGAGGACGAAAGGAACGCCGCUUCGAGUGGCACUGGUGUGCCCCGGUCCCCGACGGCCUCACUCGGUGGUGGAGUAUCGAUCGUGGGCCCGGCGGCCGAACUUCCCUGUCGCUUCCUGCCGUUCCAGAUGCGCAACUCGUUCCACAGCGGCGUCUACCGGAAGCGGUCCGGAAUCGGUUACACGCGCUACAUCGGUAUCGAUGACGAUUCGUCCAGCUCGGCGGUGACGGCCGGCCCCCUGCAGGGUAGCAAUCUGACGAAGAUAAACUCGCUCGGCACCAUCCCGACCGUGGGGCUGGAACCAGUCGAUCACGUGCCCUUCCUGACGCCCAACAUUGGCCGGAAACGGUUCGCUUCCAACUCGACCACCACGAGCGUCACCAGCAGUCCGGAUGAGAAUGAGCAACCACUGGUGACGGUGCAAGCCAGCAGCAGCAAGGUGGUGGUGCGUGGCUCGGGUCGCGGCACACCGUUCGAGCGUAACUUCCGGAAGAGUGCCCCGAUCGGUGGCGACGUCCCCGGUGGGAGUCUCUCGUUGGCCAACGCCAGCUGCUCGUCGGCCUCGGUCCAGCAGCUCCCGAUCGGCAGCUACUUCCGGCAGUCGGACAGCAACUUCUACAACAUCACCCGCAACUAUCCGAUCGGGAAGUCGUCCUCCGCCAACCUGGAAUCGCUCAAACACCGCUCGUCGUACAACAGUUUUCCCCUGAGCCUGGUGAAACAGGCCAACGGUUCGGCCGGUGCCGGCCCCGAACCCAAGAACGUGCCUAGCGGGGGCAGCGGGGGCCCCAAGAAGCCCGCCCCGACGAAGGGAGGUGUCGUGGCCGGCUCGUCCUCGGUGGUUGCUGUGAACCCGGCGGCGGUUCCGGGAAACCGUGUCUAUCAUAGGAACAUUUGCGGCCUCCACCGGCGCUUGCUGGACGGUAGCACCCGCCAACUAACCUCACUAACGCUAGCUACACCACCUACAUCCGGCGCCGGCGCCGGCGGAACGACGUCGUCGUCCGGCUCGAGUGCGAUCAGUCCAUCGUCGACGGGUACGUCGGUCGGCGCGGUGGCCGGUGGCAGCCUCGCCGGUAGCACCGGCGUCGGUAGCGCUCCGCCAGGAGGAGGAACAACGAUCGGUCCCGGCCCGCCAAGCGACCACGUGGACGAUGGGGCCGCCUGCCAAGGGCCGGGGACCGGCGGUCUUCCUGGCGGUGGUGGUGGCCCGCCCGGAGGAGGUGCUAUCGGGAGCGCCAUCGGUACGCCAUCGUCCGUCCCUUCGCCAUCGUCCUCUGGCGGCUGCAGCGAGUCGAUGCUCAACAACGGCACCACCACCACCACCACCAUCAUCACCACCGCGGUCACCGCCGCCACUAACGCCUCAUCAUCUCUCAAUCUGCCAUCUUCGCUUGCGCUCCGACGUCCCAGUGCUAACAUAAACCCCAGUUCUAGUUCAAUCCCCAUGAGUGAAACCGGUUCACUGGACCGCAUGAAGUCGGCGGCGGAACGCAGGAAAAAGGGCCCCGGACUGGACGGGGACGGCGGUGCGGCACCGACGCUCUCGGGCCGGGUCGAGGGCACCCGCGUCAACACCGGGUUGAUCAUCGACGAGCUGCUGAAAAACACCAAACUGGACCAUCUAGAAGAUGCCGAAAAUCCCACCGGACUGGCGCUGUACAUCAGUAGCGACGGUACGACGAUGGUUGGCAGCCACGAGGUGCGCUCGCGAAUGCCGGCCGGAGCGUUCAAGCAGGUGGUCAUGGAAAACCCGAGAUAGUAGCAACAGAGUAGCAACCAGCGACAGUUCCAAUCGCUCGAUCCAUCCAUCUGACCGCACCCGGUAAUGCCGCCGCCGUCGGCCGCCGGCAUCGCUCGUUAGCCGUCGACUAGUGGGGCGGUGGAGCCU